AUGAACUACACAAGAAAAAGAGCUCUCCUCGCCUGUGACUUCUGUAGGCACCGGAAGCGACGGUGCGAUGGAAACCACCCUUGCUCUACUUGCAUCGAGGCAACUGCAGACUGUGUAUACAAGGAGCUCCCCGUGGAUCGUGUCGAGCCCUCAUCGUCGUCCCAAGGGGUAGUCGUCGAGAGGCUGAGCCGAAUAGAGGCGCUGUUGGAGGAGCAGGGGAAGAGGUUAAACGACAUGGCACAGGCGGAGCACUAUGCUUACACUUCGACACCUGCCUCCUUCCCGUCUUUCCGCUCUUCCCCUCUGAUCCCAGCUGCGUCACCUCUCUCUGUGUCCAAUCGAUCGCUGGAGGGUGCCGAUGUCAGCUUCGAGAAUGCCCAGUUUCUGGUACCCCCAGGCCACACAGCAACUUCUAUCUGGUUACUCUCACUCCCAGCCAUCCAGUCUGUGAUAGGGGAUUUUCCCAGGGCCUACUUCCACGACCUUGAGGAGAGCACACCGCUACCUCGUCCCUUGGAUCUUGUGAAUCCGCAGCCCAUCAACUGGCCCUCCUUUGCGCCCGAGCUACUGCAAAAGCUUGCUGACGCAUACUUCAAGGAUGUCUCGCCUCACCUCCCCCUAUUCUCUCGGCGAUACUACGACAUCCUGCUGAAUGAUUUCUUGGAAAAUGGGCCCACAGAAGACAUCGAAACUGCCAUCUGCCUGUGUAUCUGGGCCCUAGGUUGUAUGGCAUCUCACUCAACGAAAGCUGCUAUCCCAGAGCACGAGGUUGAGCCUGUCCAAGACCUAGGCAUUGACUUUUUUCAACCGGCCCUGAGGAUUAUUCUUUCCAAGUCUACAUGGGGCUUCACACCUAAUCUCCGGGUUUGUCAGGCUCUCUUCCUCGCAGGGACGUACUUCUCCUAUCUGGGUCGACCGCUCCAUUCCUGGAAGAUGGUUUACACUGCUGGUCUUUCCAUUGCAGCCAACAGUGACCUAGAACAAUUUCCGAACGAGUCCGAACAAUGCCACGAGGACCGCCUUCGUGUUUUCUGGUGUUGCUUCACAGUUGAGUGCGAUCGAGCAGCUACUCUUGAUGUCGCGCGCUCAGGUAUUGAGCCACUCGGAGACAGAAUGCCGCUUCCUCGGAGCGUCGAGGUCAGCGAUCACGAUGAUCUGAUCUACUUCGUUGCCGAAACAGCCAUACAAAGGCUGAUCAACAGGGUACACAGCUCGCUGUAUUCCCCUGACAAUAUCGACAUUACUGUGCUUUCAGAGACGGUACCGGCUGCAAACAAUCCGAACUUGAACAGGCUCUUAGCUAUCAGCUCUGAACUAAACCGGCAACUCGAACAAUACUAUAGCUCGAUCCCCAUAACGCCACCCAUUACGACCGACCCUUUCUCAAACGACAGAAGACGCAUACUCAAUUUGCGUUAUCACCACGCUCGCCAUAUCAUCUACCGACUCUUUGUUCUCUACGUCGCCUCCUACAGACACCCCCAGCCGUCGCCAGUUCCCCAGCACUUGUCGUCAAGGUCGCCAAGCGCGUCACUUGUUUCCCUAUCUCCGAUGCCCAGAAUCAUACUCGAGAAGUGCCACAUCUGCAUCCAGUCAUGUGAGGCCUUCCUACUGGAUGCUGUUGAGAUCCUGGACAAACGAUCGCCUUAUCUGUGGUCGAUCUCAGACGGUGCGCUGGCAUGCUUCGUCAUAUUGUUCAUGGCAAGCCAGUCUCCUUAUAUCAGGCACCUGACACCUGACCUGCAGGGUCUGGCGGACGUGGUUCUAGCAAAACUUGAGAAGUGGGCCACGCCUGGGUCGGUAUUUGAGGCGCAGGUGAGGAUUGUGAGCAGGCUUCUGAGCCGUUGA